GAGGUGGGAAGUGGGGGAGAGGGCAUUGUGAGAGUGAGUUCGAAAAGUAUUUUCACAUACAACAUAUUAUCGUGAUGGGAAACUAGAUAUCUGUGGCUGUAUCAGAUAAUGACUAGUCACCACAUAACGUCAGUUAAGUUUGAAAACAUGAUGUACAAAAUACAAAACCGGCCUCAUUUAUUCGGCUUUUCCAACAAACAAGUCUUCGCGGUAAUGUCGUUCUCUGUAUUUGCGGUAAUGUCGUUUUUUGUGUUCGCGGUAAUGUCGCUGUAUCUAGUCAAGGUGCGUUUGAACAAAAAUAUAAGAAUUGGAAGAGACUUGUUUACCACUCGUACAAAAAAUUAAUAAACGUGAAAGUGGAAUGCUUGAUGAUUCAGAAGUAGCUGGAGAUAAAGCACUGGAGCAUUUAACAAUUGAUGUUUUUAACUAUAAGGAUCUUUUGGUUGCAUUUGACAAUUUUCCAUCAUUAACUUAUUUGAGUGUGGAAUUGGGUGAUUUAUCUGUUUUUUAUCUUCCGAUGAACCAAUACAUUAUUGAUGAUGGUGGUUUGGUAGCAUUGGAAAAAAUAUUUAUUAAUAUGAUUUAUUUAACUAAAUUACGUUUCUUUUCAAUUGUACACUUCUUUGCAUUUAAUCUAGUAUCUUUACCGUUGUAUGGAACAAGAAUUAGUGAAAUAUUAUUAAAUAUUCCAGAUUUAGAGGAAUUACAGUUUCAAUUGGAGUUUGAAAUGAGUGAAUCGACAUGUCUCACCCCAUCAUAUCGAUCAGUAACAGAAGAAGCGUUUAGAAAUAUCAAUAAAUGGAAUGUUGUGUUUAAUUUUGAUGAAGAACGAAAUCAUUAUUCUAUUUUUACUUUACCAGCAAUGUCAAAUACAUCAUAUCGCUUUCAUUUACUCUCAUCAACCUUAUUUUAUAGUAGUUCUAAUCACGAUUAUUCGAAUAUCAGACAAAUAGAAAUUUUUGAAUCAUCAUCUCAUCCGAUAGUAUUCUCUGAAUUAGCUGAAAUUCUAACAGAAAACUUUUCAAAAUUAACAAGUCUUACAAUCUCAGCUGAAAAUAUUAGUAAAAGUGAAACUUGUUUUGAUAGUAAAUUAAGAUUAAAUCAUCUCAUAUAUUUAAGAAUUAAAAGAAAUAUAUCCUACCUUGGUCAACUUCUUUUGUUGGUACCAAAUUUAAAAACGUUAGUAAUACAUGAUAUUCAAUGUUUACAGAAUAUUUCUGUUAAAAAUAAUAUUGAAUAUUUAUCUUUAUUUGAUUGUAACCAUUUACCCAAACUACGAACGAUAUUAAAUAAUUAUUUUCAAAAUAUAAAUGGUCUAGAAUUACAAUUUAGAUUCAUUGAAUCAACUUUAAGUUGUAUUAAUGAUAAAGAAAUAUCUAUGUUCUGUGAAAUGAUUAACAAUAUGAAAAAUUUGGUUAGUCUUCGUAUUUUUAUAUCAUCCACAAAUGAAAAUGUAGAUCAUUAUACAAAUAUCAUGUAUGAAACGCUGAGAAAUAAACAUGAUUAUUGCUUAAUUCAAACGAUUAUUGAUGAAAAACAGAAGAAUAUUUUAGUAUGGAAAUAA